ACGACUAAGGCCUCGGUGCUCGCUGCACCGAUUUUCCUUCUUGGCCAGGCUCUGGGACCAUUGUUUUGGAACUGGCCCAUGCGUCGAUUGGGUCAGAAAGCGUGCUUGACCUUCGGGUUCACUGCAUUCGUGGUUUUCCAGCUCCCAAUCAUAGCUGCGCGAGGUGUGGCGACCAUUCUGAUGCUGAGAUUCUUUGCUGGCCUCAUGGGUUGCGCUCCGCUUCUGGGAAUCGUCAAUCUGCUCGUCGACCUGUGGGAACCAGAGGACUGUGCUAUUACCUCCUCCGUACUAUCGACCUUCCUGAUCAUAGGUCCGUUAGCCGGUCGAAUGAUAGGCGUAUUCGUGACCGAGAGUACCUCCCUGGGAUGGAGAUGGCCAAGCCUGAUUAUUUCAGGUGUCUCCAUAUUCGUGGGAAUCGUGUGCUGGCUGGUAUGGUCUAGGCCUGCCGACUGGCUUCGAUGCAUCACGCGCUCUGUCCGAGCUCCCCAGAAGGUCUGUGCACGGAACAAAGGACCAGACGAAGACGCAGGCCAUCAAAGUGAGCGACUUCCUGGCUAUACGUGGACCUCGAUUCGUCGCCUCAUCUUGGACCCCCCAGCAUUGCUAGUAUCUGUCCACACAUCAUACGUCUACAGCCUGCUUUUCUUCGUCACGGAGACAUAUCCUCUCAGUUUCGAAGACAACAGACACUGGAGCACGGGUCAAGGCGUUGUCCCGUUGGUCUCAGUAAUGGUCGGAGUCAUGUUCGGGUGGACUCUGAACUUUAUUUCGUCUUACGAACGCCUGAUGAAGCCGCUGACUUCAAAGGUGUACACUCGUCCGGAGACACAUAUUCAGGUGAUGGCAGUUGGCGCGAUUUUGACGCCGAUAGGACUCCUUGUUGCAGCCUGGACAUCGUUCCCGAACCUAUCGCCCGUGGCUCAAGUCAUGGCCGGAACGCCGGUCGGAAUGGGUAUCAUCCUGGUGUUUCUCAAGGGAAACGACUUUUUACUUGAGAUACACGAUCGCCCGGACUCUUUCACCGCGGUCAACAUAGUCCUUCGAUCAGCGCUCGCGGCGAUGUUCGCGGGCGUUUCGAGGCACUUUUACGAAGAUCUGGGUCCUCAGAAGACAGGCACAGUCAUGGGACUUGUCUCACUCGUAUUUGUUGCAAUUCCCAUACUACUCAUGAAUGCUAGAUUCAAGAUACGGAAGUCGAGCGAUCUUCCAACACAUCGGACGGCUCGAACUCGAGACACGGGCGAGUGA